AUGGCUGGCAAAUUAAAAGUUUCUGGGGAGUCUCAACGUUACAUCAACAUGGAAGCCAUGGAAGGUCUCUUAGAUGACCAAAGUCGACACUCUUCGCUGACAAGAAAACGCUUUCAAGUAAUCUCCUCGAUCUCUGUGAGAACGCUCAUUUGCAUUGUGUACUUUCCGUUUCUGGCCUGGCUGAUUAUUGGAAUGGUCUUGUACUCUGUCCAUGCUUACGAAACAACCUUCAUUGCAAACCAUACCAUCCUCGAGUCAACACAACGUAAAGCAUUUCUCCACGCUGAUCAAAUGAUACUCCUAUGGAUGGUUUCCCAGAUAAUUAACGUUGGUCUGGUUACACUUGGUUUGUCAAAAAUACCAUCCUUUCUUGGCUAUUUGGCCAUCUUGAAAUUGCUUGUGCGCCUGCCAUCCUUCUGGAGUCUUUUGUCUUUGUACGGCAUAUCUUUAUUACGUUAUCUUCUACUCAUGUGGUUAAAAUACGACUCGGGAAAAGAAAUGGCCUUCAUUCUGGCAUCCAUAAUUUGGGAAGGCGCCCAGAUCGUAUUCAUUGGCUUCCUGAAUUUCACUCAGGUUAAACAUGCUCAGAAAAAGUAUCCAUUUAUGGUUUUAGUUUUCUUCAAAUUUAACAUGUUCAUUUUAUUUUUAACUGACUUUUUAAUUUUUGUUGUGAACACUCUUCAGUUUGCACUCCACAUUGAUCAAAUUGAUGAGAGUGAUGGCGUUUCUUCAGAGUUACUUUCGUUGAUAGGUGCAAUCCGUAAAUUUACAACGUUUGCUUUGAUGUAUAAAAUGUAUAUAUUCUACUGGCAAAAGAUGUUUGUUGACAACAGGAAUAUACUUUGUCACUAUGAUCAUCUGUAUCAGCUUCCUUAAAGAGGGUAUACGUCACGCUAUCUCCUUCCUUCUUUAACUGACCCUUUCGCUGCCAAAUUUAGCCAAAAGCAAAUUUCGACCAAAUUUCCAACUUUCAUUUUGUGAAAUUUUGAAAAAACAAAUAGCACUAUGUUUAAGUACAGGAAGAGAGCUUUCAUUUGAAUAGUCACAUCAUAGGAUUUCGUCCGCAGAUUCAAAAGUUACAGUCACCUUACAAAACUCCAUUAAGCACUCUGGGCUCAGUUGUUCGAAGGCCGAUUAGCGCUUAACCCAGGGUUAGAUUUAACCCUAGUCUGUGAACAGGCCUUUGGUCGAGCGGUCCCUCUCCUCGCGAUUUUUUUCCCCAAACAGAGAGCCUAUUCACAAGCUAAUUUAACCUGGAUUUCUUUUUCUUUUGUUCAAAAGCAUUUUCUCGGAUAAUUUUCUCCGUUAUUUUUAAGAGCAUGCAAUCAUCAACUUGUUGACAAAAAGAAUUAAACUGAAUUUACUCUUUAAGCUUUCAUUUCUGAAUUCAAAUUUCGCACUAACCCUGGGUUAUCUUAACCUAGCUUUGAACAACCCGGCCCUGGUCGUGAAAGAGUUAAAAAAGCUAUACUGUGAUGGCGUUUCUUCAGAGUUACUUUCGUUGAUAGGUGCAAUCCGUAAAGUUAGUACGUUUGCUUUGAUGUAUAAAAUGUAUAUAUUCUACUGGCAAAAGAUGUUUGUUGACACCAGGAAUAUACUUUGUCACUAUGAUCAUCUGUAUCAGCUUCCUUAAAGGGGAAACGUCACGAAACUUGACUCUAUUUAGGCCUUAAAACUGUUUCCGGUCGUCUGUUACAGUAGAUGGUAAGGAUGGACAUGCAUUGAAACUUCAACUUUUAAAGCUAUACCUGAAAAAAUUACCAAAACGUUACUGUGUCCAGUGCUCCAUGAUGAAAUGUGUUUGAUAUCUACUUUAUAUUACUAUGCAAGGAACGUUUUUUUGGAUGGGUAAAGACACAAAGCAAUGAUUUCAGCGCAGAAUUGAGCUAAAACACCAAUACCCUUGUGACAUAGCUUCGGCGUUAUAUGUUCCUUUACUGUGUACUAAGGGCAACCAUGCUUGAGAAAAUCUUAGAAUAGCUAGUUAAAAUAAAAAAGUUUUUUCUGAAAGAAAUAAAUGUCUUUUUAUAGUCAUAUGAUUAUUGUGACUGAUCGUUUAGCAUUUCUCCAGCUUAAUAGAGGGAGCCUUCCUGCCAUCCAAGAGGUAGGCGGCACAUCCCUAAGAAUAACUGCUAUGAGUAACCCCCAACCCCCGGGAUUAAAAAGCACCUUCCGAUCUUCUAUAGCUUUCUGUGAUUCUCAGCACGAAUGCGCAAGAAAAAAAGGAAUAUUUGACACAUGCCUGCUAGAUUACAACUAUCAUUGUCGCCUUUGGCUGGUCAGCCUUCCUUGCUGUUUGAACAAGCCAUCUACUCAAUAUAUGUGUUUGCUUUUUUUGUGUCGUAAAUUUGGCGAAAGGUGAAAAGUGCAAGUCUCCUUACUUUUUAGCCUCCUCAGGUAAAAUAAAAAUCUUUUGGCACAAGAAUGAGGAAAUUUGAAUGUAACUUUCACGCAAAAACCCAAUAUUCCAGAUUGAUUGAGAUUGUCGUUAUUAAGCAAAGACUGGACACCACAAUCUUAAUCAAUUGAGGUUUCUGAGUAACUGACCACCUACCCUGAGUCACAAUCUUCCCGUAAGCGAGAAGUAAGUGUUAAUGUUGACUUAGGGGAGGCGUAGGUGGGUAGUUACUUAGUGGGCAGGCUUUGCAGCCUUUUUAUCUAGAACUUAGCCACUUUUCAUCAUCAUUCCGGCUCUCCCUCUUUGGAUUGAGUCUUUUUUAGGUCAAAAAUUUGCAGUUGGUCAAUAGCCUUCAACACAACCAUAACAGGCCACUCUUUUAAAACAUUUUUAUUACCAAUGAUUAAUGGCAUUUUUUUAAGUCUCAGUGAGUGCUGCCUUGUCUGGCUUCUGGGCGUUGACUGAACACCACUUUUACUUGCCAGCAAUUUUACUUGCCAGAGUGACCUUGCUGUCGCUGUCGUCUUCUCGGCUGUCUUCUCUUUACUGA